AUGAGAGUCACGUUGUUGGCGUUGAAAAGGCUUUUGCCAGUAUUACAAAAGGUUCCGGAGGCGUCACAAAAGUAUUUACAGGUUGCAAUUAUUGGACCUCCAAACAGUGGCAAGUCAAUGUUGGCUAAUCGGCUAGCUGGGGCAGAAGUUUGUGCCGUUAGCAGUAAAAUGGAUACGACUCAACAGAACACGUUAUUGGCGCUUACAGAAAACGACUGUCAGCUUGUGAUGAUUGAUACUCCUGGCACAGUUGGAAUCAAACAUGCGAAGGAAACUGUUGGUAAAAAUGCUGAAAAAAUAUUAACAGAUCCAGAAAACUCCUUAAAAUUUGCCGAUCAUAUUUUGGUUGUACAGGACUCCACUGCUACUGGUGACUAUAUACACCACAGAGUAUUGCAUCUUUUACACCGGUCACUUCAUUUGAAGUCUUCUCUAGUUAUGAAUAAAAUUGAUUUAGUCACAAGAAGGAAGGAUCUACUAGAACUCGUCAGAAUCCUUUGUAACGGUCAGGUAGGUGGUCAAGAGAUAGCCACUGUUAAAACGCAGAUUGGCCGACUGGGCAAAGUGAGUGAGAAGGGGUUAAGUUUGCACGCAAAAGAUCUUUCAGAUAGAAGCGAUGAAUGGCAACAGAUGUACAGAAAACUGAUGCUGAAACCAACAAGUCACUGUACAUAUGCAGAGACUAAGAAACUUUUUCAAGAUAUACGUGGCUGGCCAAAUUUCAGUUCAGUUUUUUAUACAAGUGCGCUCACAGGGGAAGGUGUGGAUGAAAUGAGGAAAUUUCUCAUGAGCCAGGCAGAAAACAAACCGCACAGAUACGACCCUAAUCUGAUAACGACUAAGAAACCACAGCUGAUAUGUCGAGAUGUAAUAAGAGCACAGCUCUUGGACAACCUGCCGGGAGAUAUUGCAUACAGUCUGAAGGUACGAGCAUUUAAAGUCGAGAUCGCUGAGUGGCAAGUAGAUGGGGAAGUUUUGCAGAUAGUUGCUACUAUAAACUGCCCCAAAGAAAGACUUGCUAAAUAUGUGAUUGGAGGGACUGGGGGAAAAAUCACUCGGAUAGCGAAAGCUGUUAAUGCGACCAUGCAAAAUCUGCUCAAGCAACAGUUGUUUGUUAGACUGUUAGUAAAGGCUAAUGGAAAAGUUAUUGAGACAAUCGGCUCCAAAAUAGGUCACUUAGCAUCACCAGCUGUUCCCAGUUCCACGGAUGCGAAUGUACCAUCUCAAAUGUAG